CUAGAAUACAGUAGGUUAUCUGUUCAAGUUAAGAUGCGAUAUGGGAAAAUGUCCAAUGACGCGGAUACAAUACCCUGUAUAUAGGAAUAGAUACAUAUUUCUCUAUACGUAUCGUAUAUAUACCAACCAUGCCAGAAAAAGAUGCCCUUUUCUGCAAAAUGGAACAACAUGCCCUCGCAAGAAAAUGUCUCCGGAGUUCAGAUAAGCAUAAACAGAACAAAGGUGAUGGCAGAGCAGCCUGCUGUCCAGCGGAUACGCCAAGCAUGGGAAAGGGUACAGACAGCAAAUCCGAUUCGUUAUCAUACCACAAUGCUCGGAAUUGGGAUAAUUGAAAUUGUAUUUGGAAUUUCGUGCAUCAUUCUUGACCUAGUUGUGUUUAUUGUUGGUAACACCAGUGUUACUUACUAUGAUUACCUGCUGUCAGUAUAUUCCUUGAGUGCGCCAGGAAUCUGGGGCGGAAUAUUUGUGAUAAUAGCUGGCUCAUUGGGAAUAGCUUUUUCAAGUGAAGCGGACACAUGUGCGAAUGCUGCGAUUGUGGUGAUGAACGUAAUUGCUGCAUUAGCUUCAUUGUCGACGUUAUCACUGGAAACACUCGCUACCUGGUGUCCAACAGUUGUGAAAAAUAACAACGAACAAAAUGGUGACUGUUAUUCACACGGCUCAUUAGCUUCACUACAUGGCACCACAGCUGGGUUGGGUUCCAUUUGCUUUUGUCUUGGUAUCACGCAACUUAUUUUAUGUUACAAACGAUCUUGUGGUAACCAAACUACACGGGUUACGGAUGAUGUAGAUUUUAAGGUAGAUCACCACGUUAAUCCUGUACCUCCCUCGCCUGCACGUCCCUCCCCAGCAAACAUUACACGCCGGGAUACAAGUGUUAACGUUUUAGUAAACGCUACACGUAAUAAUAAUUGCCAAGUACAGAAUACCGUGGAAAUCUGUUAA